AGAUAUGGCAGUGCUGCAGACAUCUAUCUGAUAAUGAAUUGGCUAGUGAAGCACUCAGAACUAGCUAGCUAAUGUCUGAAAUCAAACAAAGGCUAUCUAAAUAGCUAAACCACGAUAUGUCACAAUGGGCUGUAUUGCUGAAUUCACACGAUACUUCUAAUUGCAGCCAGCCGUCAGAUUUAAUAAGACUUAUAUACUUCUUGCUUAAAACGUAAUGUACGGUGAUCUCAGAUUUGGACAGGCUGUCUGCCAACAUAACUGUGUACCCUGUGUACUCUGGCACAUAGAGGAAUGGCGCUAGACGACGCAAACUGGGACGGACGCUGGAAUCACGUGAGCAAGUUCCUGGAGCGCGCGGGGCCCUUCACGCACCCCGACUUUGAACCGAGCACCGAGUUGCUCCAGUUUUUAUUGGAAACAUGCAAGAUUCUGGUCAUCGGAGCUGGCGGCUUGGGAUGUGAGCUCCUGAAAAACCUGGCUCUGUCAGGUUUUCGAGACAUUCACCUUGUGGAUAUGGACACCAUUGACGUGUCCAACCUAAACAGGCAGUUUCUUUUCAGGCCUAAAGAUGUGGGCCGCCCCAAGGCUGAGGUGGCAGCUGAAUUCAUCAACCGCAGAAUCCCGGGAUGUAACGUGAUUGCACAUUUUAAGAAAAUCCAAGACUUCGAUGAGUCAUUUUACCAACAGUUCCAUAUCGUGGUGUGUGGCCUGGAUUCUAUCAUCGCCCGCCGGUGGAUGAAUGGCAUGCUGAUGUCACUGCUGACUUUCGAGGAGGGCGUGCUGGAUCCGUCCUCCGUUAUCCCACUCAUCGACGGGGGCACCGAGGGCUUCAAGGGCAACGCCCGGGUCAUCCUGCCUGGCAUGACUGCCUGUAUUGAAUGUACCCUGGAGCUCUACCCUCCGCAGAUCACCUACCCCAUGUGCACCAUCGCCUCCAUGCCCCGGCUGCCUGAGCACUGCGUGGAGUACGUCCGUCUGCUGCAGUGGCCCAAGGAGAAUCCCUUUGGCGACGGCGUGCCACUGGACGGGGACGACCCCAAACACAUCCAGUGGGUGUUCCAGAGAUCACGGGAGAGAGCGGGCGAGUUCAGCAUCACCGGCGUGACCUACAGACUGACUCAGGGGGUUGUGAAAAGGAUCAUCCCCGCCGUCGCGUCCACAAACGCCGUCAUUGCGGCUGCAUGUGCCACUGAGGUCUUCAAGAUUGCGUCGAGUGCCUACAUUUCACUGAACAACUACCUGAUGUUCAACGACGUCGACGGCCUGUACACCUACACGUUUGAGGCGGACAGGAAGUGGACGCCGGACUGGCAGGGCGAGGGCUCCUCCUGCCAGUGGUCCUCACGUGUUAAUGCUGUAUCCUCGGCUUUUGAUGGGCACCAGGAGAACUGCCCCGCCUGCAGCCAGGUGCCUCAGGAGCUGCAGUUCGCCCCCUCAGCCAAGCUGCAGGAUGUGCUGAACUACCUGACCAAGAGCGCCACCCUACAGAUGAAAUCACCGGCCAUCACAGCCACUUUGGAAGGGAAAAAUAAGACAUUAUAUUUACAGACCAUAUCCUCUAUAGAAGAGAGAACCCGGCCAAAUCUUUGUAAAACAUUGAAAGAGCUCGGCCUGACGGACGGACAGGAGCUGGCCGUGACGGAUAUCACCUCCCCGCAAACCUUGCUCUUCAAACUCAGCCUGAGCACGUAGGCCGUCGGGGCAGGACCGCCCGAGCAGCCUUGCUGUGCAGUACUUCUCAGCAGAAAUGCAGUGCUUACUAAAGGCAUUUGUGUCAGUAUAGCCUCUGUUUCCUCACUGUGAUGAAGUGGGGGUGUAUUUUACAGAUUAUAUUCAGUGUUCCUGAAUGGUCUGUUUUUAAAAACCAUUCCUCAAGUCAGUAAAUGAUUAGACAUUUCGCAUUCAUGUGUUACUUCCUGGUAACCCUAAACUGUACACAUUUCAGUUUUAGUCGUCAUUUAACUGUCGUAAAGCUACAUAACGUUGAACCACUGUCAUGUGCAAAGCGUCAUUCAUUUGCGCAGUCUGCCUUUUUUAACUAUAGACCUCCACUGGAUAAGGAUGAGAAGACCGACGGGUGGAUGUCGCACAUUUAUUUUCCAUCUCACUUUUACACGUUUAACUGUACCCCUUUGGGCCUGUUUUCAAUAACAAUCUACAAUUAAAAAAAAAAUCUGCACUC